AUGCACAAGCCUGGUGAUGUGAUUCUGGGUGGGUUGUUUGAAGUCCACUACACCUCCGUGUUCCCUGAGCUGACGUUCACCUCAGARCCGAAUCAGCUCAGCUGCCAGGGCCUUGACCCUCCAGGGUUCAGACAUGCCAUGACCAUGGCCUUUGCUAUCGAUGAGAUCAACAGAAGCGUUGACCUGCUGCCUGAUGUGACUCUGGGUUACAGUCUGUAUGAUAACUGUGCCACGCUGGUGAUUGGAUUCAGUGCUGCGUUGUCUCUGGCCAGCGGUCGAGAGGAGCACUCUCUGCUCCAGGAGACCUGUGUGGGUCCUCCUCCAGUCCUAGGGAUUGUGGGUGAUYCMUUCUCAACGUUUUCUAUCGCCACCUCUGAUGUGAUAGGUUUAUUCAGAUUGCCCAUUGUGAGUUAUUUUGCCACGUGUUCCUGCCUGAGUGAUCGUCAAAGAUUCCCRUCUUUCUUCAGAACAAUACCAAGUGAUGCAUUUCAGGUGCGUGCCAUGAUUCAGAUACUGAAACAUUUUGGCUGGACAUGGGCAGGUCUGCUGGUCAGUGAUGAUGACUAUGGACUCCACGUUUCCAGAUCUUUUCAGUCUGACUUGGCUGCGUCCGGUGGCGGUUGUUUGGCCUACACAGAGACCUUACCCUGGGGUGACAACCCAGUCGAACUAGGGAGGAUUGUGGAAGUGAUGAAGAAAUCCACAGCUCGUGUGGUCAUCGUGUUYGCACAUCAGAUCCACUUGAUACAAUUAAUGAAAGAGGUGGUGAAGCAGAAUGUGACAGGCCUGCAGUGGAUGGCCAGUGAAGCCUKGACAUCAGCUGCUGUGCUACAGUCRCCCGACUUCAUGCCGUACCUGGGYGGAACACUGGGCAUCGCCAUCCGUCGGGGAGAAAUACCAGGACUCAGGGAUUAUCUUUUACACAUACGUCCUGACAGUGAAGACAACAAUAACAAUGGAAAUAGCAUGGUGAGGCAGUUUUGGGAACACACAUUUCAGUGUAGAUUUGCUCCAGCUCCAACAGCUUGGAUGGAAGCAGCAGGAGCGUUGUGCACUGGGGAUGAAGACAUAGAGAAUGUGGAGACGGAGUUUUUAGAUGUCUCUAACCUCAGGCCUGARUACAAUAUUUACAAGGCAGUGUAUGCUCUGGCAUACGCACUUGAUGACUUGCUGCGCUGUGAGCCAGGGAGAGGACCUUUCAGCGAGCACAGCUGUGCUGCUGUGCAGAACCUGGAGCCAUGGCAGGGAGAGUUCACAAAUGAAACAGACUCCAUGGAGUGCACCAGCUGUCCAGAGGACUUCUGGUCCAGCCCCCAGCAUGACCACUGUAUUCCAAAGAAAACAGAGUUCCUCUCCUACCAYGAGCCUCUGGGUAUCUGCCUGACAACCGCCUCACUGCUGGGCACGAUUAUCUCUGCUGUCGUCCUGGGCAUCUUCAUCCAUCACCGCAGCACACCCAUGGUGCGUGCAAACAAUUCCGAACUCAGCUUCCUGCUCUUGGUGUCACUCAAGUUCUGCUUCCUGUGCUCAGACACUGUUGUUUUGUGUGUUAGUUUUGAUGUCAUAGGAUUCAGACAGGCCCAKACCAUGGCCUUUGCUAUCGAUGAGAUCAACAGAAACUCCAACUUGCUGCCUAAUGUGACUCUGGGAUACAGUCUGUACGAUAACUGCCGCAGAUUAGGAAUCGGAUUCAGUGCAGCAAUGUCUUUAGCCAACGGUCAAGAGGAGCGGGUGACUUUACACGACACAUGUGUAGGAGCUCCUCCAGUCCUGGGGGUUGUGGGUGAUUCUUCCUCCAGACGUUCUAUUGCAAUCUCCACUGUCUUAGGUUUAUACAGAAUGCCUAUGGUGAGUUAUUUUGCAACAUGUUCCUGUCUGAGUGAUCGGCAAAAGUUCCCCUCCUUCUUUAGGACGAUCCCAAGUGAUGCUUUCCAGGUGCGUGCUAUGAUUCAGCUUCUGAAACGCUUCGGCUGGACGUGGGCAGGUCUGCUCAUCAGUGGCGAUGACUACGGAGUCCACGCCGCCCGAUCCUUCCAGUCUGACCUGGGUCCGUCUGGUGGAGGUUGUCUGGCCUACAUGGAGAUUCUGCCCUGGGGCGACGACCGAGCUGAGCUGAGGAGGAUUGUGAACUUGAUGAAGAAAUCCACAGCUCGUGUGGUCAUUGUGUUUGCACAUGAGAGUCACAUGAUUAACCUCAUGGAAGAGGUGGUGAGGCAGAAUGUGACAGGCCUGCAGUGGAUGGCCAGUGAAGCCUGGACAUCAGCUGCUGUGCUCCACACCCCCCACCUCAUGCCAUAUCUGGGUGGAACACUGGGCAUCGCCAUCCGUCUGGGAGAAAUACCAGGACUCAGGGAUUUUCUGUUAAAAAUACGUCCUGAUCCAUAUCACAACAACAGCUAUGACAAAAGCAUGGUAAAUCAGUUUUGGGAACACACAUUUCAGUGUAGAUUUGCGCCCCCUCCGGCAGGUUGGGUGGAGGCUGGAGGGGCGUUGUGCACUGGCCAGGAAGAUCUGGAGACUGUGGAGACAGAUUUUUUGGACGUUUCAAACCUCAGACCAGAGUACAAUGUGUAUAAGGCUGUGUAUGCUCUGGCUUAUGCCCUGCGUGACAUGCUGCAGUGUGAGCCAGGGAGAGGACCUUUCAGUGGGCACAGCUGUGGUGACCUACACAGACUGGAGCUGUGGCAGCUUGUAUAUUACUUGGAAGGCAUCAACUUCACCACAUCAUUUGGUGAUGAGGUGUCAUUUGAUGAGAAUGGUGAUGUCUUACCGAUCUAUGACAUCAUGAACUGGCAGUGGCUUCCUGGUGGAGGAACCAAAGUUGACAGAGUGGGUGAGGUUAAGAAAUCAGCCUCUAAAGGUGAAGAACUCACACUUCAUGACGACAAAAUCUUCUGGAACUUCCAAUCUAAACAGCCUCCACGGUCAGUAUGCAGUGACAGCUGUCCUCCAGGCACCCGCAUGGCCAGAAGGAAGGGGAAAGCACCAUGUUGCUUUGACUGCAUCCCUUGUUCUGAAGGAAAAAUCAGCAAUAAAACUGACUCCAUGGAGUGCACCAGCUGUCCAGAGGACUUCUGGUCGAGCCCCCAAAAUGACCACUGUGUCCCAAAGAAAACAGAGUUCCUCUCCUACCAUGAGCCUCUGGGUAUCUGCCUGACAACCACCUCCCUGCUGGGCACGUUUAUCUGUGCUGUCGUCCUGGGCAUCUUCAUCCAUCACCGCAGCACACCUAUAGUUCGAGCCAACAAUUCUGAACUCAGCUUUCAGCUCCUGUUGUCACUGAAGUUCUGUUUCCUGUGCUCGCUGCUGUUCAUCGGACGACCCAGAGCAUGGACGUGCCAGCUGAGACACGCAGCUUUUGGCAUCAGCUUUGUUCUUUGUGUGUCGUGUAUCCUGGUUAAAACCAUGGUGGUGCUAGCUGUGUUCAAGGCCUCCAAGCCAGGAGGGGGAGCCACUCUGAAGUGGUUUGGCUCUGUGCAGCAGAGAGGGACRGUUCUGGUCCUUACUUYUGUUCAAGCAGCAAUCUGCACUGCCUGGCUUGUGUCUGCUUCACCAGCUCCUCAUAAAAACACCCAGUACCACAAUGACAAGAUAGUGUAUGAGUGCGUAGUCGGCUCCACUGUUGGUUUUGCGGUGUUGCUUGGCUACAUUGGAUUACUGGCUGUGCUCAGUUUCCUGUUAGCCUUUCUGGCGAGGAAUCUCCCCGACAACUUCAACGAGGCCAAACUCAUCACUUUCAGCAUGUUGAUCUUCUGUGCAGUGUGGGUGGCCUUCGUCCCCGCKUAURUCARCUCCCCAGGCAAAUAYGCAGAUGCAGUGGAGGUAUUUGCCAUCCUGGCCUCUAGUUUUGGCCUCUUGGUGGCGCUGUUUGGACCUAAAUGUUACAUAAUCUUAUUGAGACCAGAGAGGAACACAAAGAAAGCCAUCAUGAAAAGAACUGAUAAUGAAAUUCAUAAAGAAAUAAAAUUACUGCAUGACUCACAAUGGGUGUUUUAUUAUUAUACUUUUCAUAAGUCACCACAUGCAUUUUUAAUU